UCUGUUUCUUCUGACCGAAGUGUCAGCCAGGUAGAACUUACAAGUUACAAGGUCCCUGAACUUCUUGAUCAAAUCGAAGUCUGCCAAGCACCUCAGAUCAGACACUACCUUAAAACAUUACUCCUUCUCGAAUCCCACACCACCAUGGCACUACCGCCCGUCAAGCUCCUCCGGCCCAACGCGCUCCAGAUCGACGCCAAUACACCGUGUGUCCUCGAGGUCAACAUCCCCAUCACGCUCCCCCACCGGCUCGACCCGCCGCUCCCUGCGCCGCCGUACCAUAACCGGGACGGCGGCGGCCUGCCAGCCGAAGAUUUCCGCGACUUCAACGCGAUGCCACUUGCACGGGCACUCCUGGCGCAGGUCGUGUCGCGCAUGUUUGGCUCUGAGUAUACCGGCGCCAUCGUGGAUUUCAGACCACGGGCACGGCCCUUUGAUUUCUUGCUCGUGGCGUCAUGGGAAUGCGAUGCCGUCACCGACAAGACAAGCUUUGACUUCCCCGCCGGGCGCUGGAUCGACAUGUACGGCAAGGAGGGCCACGGCACGAUCCACGCCUUCAUGGAAGUGCCCGACCUGGAUUGGAUCGAGGUCUAUCAUGCCUUCAAGUAUUACCUUGUUCGUGGGCCGUGGGAGCCGGGGAUGCUGGAAGAGAUGAAUCCCAGGGUGCUCCGGUUUGAUGUGGUGGAGGGGAGUGGUGGCUCCUCGGAGGACGAAAUUGUGUUUGAAGUUCGGGAGUACACGGAGGUCAUGAGAACCCGCUGUGUCAAUAACAUGGCUGUCAUUGCACUGAGGGCUGCACUUUCCUAG